CAGAUUUUGCUGAUCAGAAGGAACUCCAUUGCUUGUCUGCUUUCAAAUAAGGAAGAACAGAAUCAGUACAAAAAAAGAGAAUUAAUGUAGAGGCCAGAUUGAAAAUAUGCCUUCAUGAAAAAGUUUCUACAAAACUGAUCCCAUCUUGGCUUUAAGAUAAAAAUAUGGCCUAUCACAAGGUGAAUGCGGACCAGAGAGCACAAGGGCACUCUCCGUACCUUGACAACGAUGAGCUUCAAGCCACAGCGCUGGAACUGGAAUGGGACAUGGAAAAAGAGCUGGAGGAGCCUGGCUUUGACCAUUUCCGACUAGAUGGUGCAGUCCAGCAUCACCUGGGAAACUCGCAGAGCCCUGACCUUGAUCUCGAGCCCAUCCAGCCUUCAUCUUCUCCAAAGGGAAGAUUCCAGCGGCUUCAGGAAGACCCUGACUACGUCUCACACUAUACGAGACAGGCACCAAAGAGCAACCGCUGCAGUUUUUUUCGGAUACUGAAAGUACUUUGCACUGCUUUGAUUUUAUUUAUUUUUGGAGUUGUGAUAGGAUAUUAUGCACGCAAGAAAUGCCCUUCUCCCCCAACAUCUCAAGAACCAAAUAACCCUCAUAUCUACCGUGAAAUUCUCAAGGAAAUCAAAGCUGAAAAUAUUAAACAGAUUUACAGAGAUUUGUUGCAGUACCCUAGAGAAAAUGAUGUAGACAUUGCUAUGAAAAUUCUGGUUCAGUGGAGUUCCCAAGGCCUUGAAGAUGUCCGGCUAGUAAAUUACUCUGUUUUGCUUGACCUACCAGGCUCUUCUUCAAACACAGUAACUCUGAAAAACAGCGGUGAAUGCUUUUAUCCUAGUGGACAACAGUGCGACAGAGAGACCAAAACGCUUCAUAGCCAAGACCUCCUGUACUCGUAUGCAGCUUACUCUGCCAAAGGGACUCUUGAGGCAGAACUUGUUGAUAUACAGUAUGGGACUGUGGAAGACUUGAUCCGGAUUCAAGCCAUUACAAACGUGACCAAAAAAAUUGCACUUUUGAAGCUAGGACAAUCACCUUUGCUUUAUAAGCUUUCUCUGUUAGAAGAUGCAGGGUUUGGUGGUGUUCUUCUUUACGUUGAUCCUUGUGACUUACCAAAGACUACAGAUCUGGCCGAUAAAGCUUUUAUGGUUUCCUUGAACAGCGGAGGAGAUCCAUCAACACCUGGUUAUGCCAGUAUUGACAAAAAAGUAAUCAGUCUGAAUAUUCAGUCAGUCACAACUUACAAGACAAUUUCUAAUGUUAUUGGAUAUUUAAAAGGAACUGUAUUUCCUGACAGAUACAUCAUCGUUGGUAGUCAUCACAAUGGAUUGAACACUCAUGGUGGACAAGAAUGGGCCAGUAGCACAGCUAUCAUCACAGCAUUUAUACAAGCCUUGAUGUUGAAGGUUGGGAGAGGCUGGAGACCUGACCGGACUAUUGUUUUCUGCUCAUGGGGAGGAACAUCUUUUGGGAACAUUGGUUCCUAUGAAUGGGCGGAGGAUCUCAAGAGAGUUCUUCAAAGAAAUGUUGUGGCUUACAUUAGCCUCCAUAAUCCAGUCAAAGGCAACUCAACUUUACACCCUGUUGCAUCCCCUUCUCUUCAGCAACUGGCAGCAGAGAGCCAGAGCUUCAACUGCGUGGAAGAGACUAGAUGUCCGGGAUCUAAUGUGAGUUCUGUGCAGACACAGGGAGAUUCAGAUUAUUUCAUCAACCAUCUUGGAGUACCUGCCAUGCAGUUUUCUUAUGAGGACAUCAAAACAUCAGAGAAUUCUAGCUUUCUCUUCGAAGCUCUUUUUCCUGUACAUACAACAAAAACUGAAGAGCUGGAUCCUUCCUUCAGCCUGCACGAGACCAUUGCAAAGCUAACAGGACAAGUGACUUUGCAAAUUGCCAGUGAACCAGUUUUGCCGUUUAAUGCCCUCGACAUCGCGUUAGAAGUUCAGAACAGUCUUAAAGAUGAUGAAGGAGACAUUUCUCAGUUGCUUGCAGUGGCAUCACGUCUGAGGGACACUGCAGAAUUGUUCCAGUCAGAUGAGAUGCGCCCAGCUAAUGACCCCAAGGAGCGAGCUCCUAUCAGAGUCAGGAUGCUCAAUGAUGUGCUACAAAGCUUGGAGAAAAGCUUCCUGGUUCAUCGAGUUCCUCCUGGGCUUUACAGAAAUAUUCUUUACAGACUAGAUGAAAGGACAAGACAGUUUUCAGUACUGCUAGAGGCACUGGAGCACUGCAAACUACAUCAGUCAAAUGAGACCAUUCAAGCAGCCUUGUCAGAGGUGCUGAACAGCAUCAAUUCAGCUCAGGUUUACUUCAAAGCAGGACUAGAUGUGUUUGAGACUACCUUAGCUGGAAAGAAAUGAGAGGAUUUCUCUGCAUUCUAAGACGUUUGUUUACAACUUGCUACACAAAAGUUCGACUUGGACCAGAAUUUCUCUGAGGAUGAAACCUUUCUCAAGUUUUCUUUCAGUUGGCGCUUAAAGGUACCGCAGUGCGUGUUUUUAUGAAUAUAAAACAGUCUUUUGCACUGUUCACAGUAUAUCUCAAAUGUCUGUUUCUGAAUGUAUAAAAUGUAAUGAGAGGGAAUAACACUUAAGAUAGGAUUUUUGGAAGGACAUCUGCUGUAUUUUUAUAUGUAAAAUAUAUUUUUAUGACUAAGAGCUCAAUCUUGCAAAGUACUGAGCAUGUCCUGCAAUAUGCUGAAGAUCUGGUUCUGAGACACCCCAGAUGUAUACCCAGGUGAGCUUUCCAUGCCUACUCUGUUCAGAAAAAUGUGACUUCAGUAUACUCUUGUGUUUCUUCUUCAACAAACUCAACUUCUUCCUUACUCUUUUUAGAGUAAAUAGUUGAAGGAUGUGGCAUUCCUUGGGUAUCCAGCACUGGAGUUUAUCAGGGAAUGCACAAAACACCCUUACCAGUGCAAUCCAACAUCUUUUCUCCUGUGGAACAAUAAAUACCUCAAUUCUGAGAAUACAGAUGAACUUUAUUUACCCCAUUUCUGUAUGAAAAAUAAUUAUUUUCUCUAGUAAUUCUUGGAGAUAAAAUUUUUGUGAUGAUUUCAAAUGAUUUGAAAGGUUUUAAUCAGUAGUUACACUUGGAAUCUUUAUGUUAAAGAACUUCCUAGUCUUAUAAGGCUACGGGACUU